AAUGGACGGUGAUAAAAAAGUCUAAAUCCCUAAUCUCGCAAUCGCAGAGCUUCUCGCCUCUCGUCUUCUCCAGCGUCCGAUCAAUCUUCUCUUUCUCCUCCGAUCACCCCCUCACUCUCUCCCGCCUUUUUCAAAUCAUCAUCACCACCCUCGCGCUCGCUCUCACUCUCAGAUGGCGGAUUCACAGGCAAAGUCGUCGGGGAUGAGUCCCGGAGUAGGAGGCGGUGGAAGCCACGAGAGCGGCGGAGAUCAGAGCCCGAGGUCGAUGAAUGUUCGUGAGCAGGAUAGGUUUCUCCCGAUCGCUAACAUAAGCCGAAUCAUGAAGAGGGGUUUGCCUGCAAACGGCAAGAUUGCUAAAGAUGCUAAAGAGACUAUGCAGGAAUGCGUCUCUGAGUUCAUCAGCUUCGUCACCAGCGAAGCGAGUGAUAAGUGCCAAAGAGAGAAGAGGAAGACUAUCAACGGAGAUGAUUUGCUUUGGGCUAUGACCACUUUAGGAUUUGAAGAGUACGUUGAACCUCUCAAGUUUUACCUGACGAGAUACAGAGAGAUGGAGGGUGACAACAAGGGAUCAGGAAAAGGCGGGGAAUCAAGUGGUAAGAGAGAUGGUCAACCAGGCCAAUUUCUGCAGCAGGGUGGUCAGCAAGGCUCUUUCUCACAAGGUCCUUAUGGAAACUCUCAAGGUUCGCAUAUGAUGGUUCAAAUGCCGAACGCAGAGUAGUAGUAGAACAAUAUUCAUCACAAUCAACGGAGAUUCAUCUAUUCAUGUUCUUGUUUCCGAGAAUCUGAGCGAUCCACUGUUUCAUAUAUUUGAACUGUGGUAUCUCUUGUAUAUGAUUGUGUUUUAGUUUGAGAAGAGAGUGUGGUUUGCUCAAAAUAUGAGAAUUGAGAAGCAACUUUUGUUUUCUAACAUUUGAUCGUUUUUAGUUUCUUAACUUUUGAUCUUAAGAGGCCUUAUUUAUUUAUCCGCAAUUGCUUU